CUCCGAGAUGUUCGUAUAGUUGUACGAAUGCCGAGCGAACUGAGCAGGCUGGGCGAAUAGAAGCGAUAGUAACAUUACGGAGACGCUGAACGAACUCCAGUGGUUGAACGCAUGUGUAACUGCAGCGGCGUGUAGUUGUAUCAUCGCUGGUGCCCGUUUAUCACUGCGCGUGCUGGCAAUACGACAGCGACGAGCGGCGCGAUAGCAGUGCAGUCCGUGACCUCGACAGGUCCCUGUUGUGACGUAAUGUUAUGCCAGCAGAGCUGCCGCCGACUGUUGACUGGAGCAGUCGCACAGCUGCUAGCCUGCCGAUCACCAGCACUCGCUGCCGGCAUGUCCAAGACUGUCAGGAAGAUCAUCAGCACAGCGAAGGCGGCGCCGCCUGUUUCCGCCUACAGUCAGGCAGUAUGUGUGAAUAAUAUGGUCUAUGUAUCUGGCACCAUUGGAGUUGACAAAGACACGAAGAAACUUGCAGAUAAUGGAGUAGUGGGUCAAGCAAGAGCAGCAUUUACUAAUCUGGGAAAUAUUCUUGAAGCAGCUGGUUCAUCCUUUGGAAAAGUUGUGAAAGUAACAAUUCUUCUUGAUGAUAUCAAUGAUUUUGCUGCAGUGGGUGACGUUUAUAAAGAGUUUUUCAAGGAACCCUACCCAGCUCGUAUUUCGUAUCAAGCUGCAAAGUUACCAUUGGCGGCAAAAAUAGAAGUUGACGCAAUUGCUGUGGCAGGAGAUAUGGAAACAAUCCAAUGACUAUAUGACAGUAAACUAUGAUGUAAAUAAAAUAUUAUGUAUAACAAAAUAAAAAUAUCUUUAUUA